UCAUGGCUACAGAAACUAGCAGUGAUAAGUGUGACGUGUGUGCGGUGUUUGACGAAUGUUACCUGGCUAAAGUGGAAGAGGUCAUCCUGACUCCUAUAAAAGACAGAGGGAUCACUUGUUGUGAUAUUGAACGGGACAUAUCUCCGGGACAGCCUCGUCUGGAAGGAAUAUAUAAUCUGUUAGCACGCUCAGAGUCCGUCCUCGUCAUACAUCCAAUUCCAGAAGAACUCCUCAAUAUGUUGAAACAUGUUCAGUCACGUGGUAUCAUGUUCAAACAUUGCAUUUCUCUCACAUUUGGGAGAAAACACAAAAGUUACCAAGAAGGUAUAAUAGAUAUUUCCAGAACGCCAAACUGGCUGGACGAGGUCUUGCAUCGCAUGUCGUCACCUACCCCCACAAUCGGUGAAAAUAAUACUGCUGCGAUACUCUGCAGGAGCCCGCCAACAACACGUUUCCUGGACGUCCUCUUCACAACUGGAUGCUUAAGCAUCAGUUCAACAGACAUGAACAUUCUAGGAAUACAAAUACUGCCCUCAAAGAAAGAAGUUAAGUUGGAUUUGAACUACUGUAUGCAAAAUAUCGAGAGUCAUGAAAAGUACAAAACUCACCAAGUAAUAGAAAUGCUCCGAUCCAUCCGGUCAUUGAGCACAGAGGUGGAAUUGAGAAUCGAUGCUGAAGAAAAAGACAUGAUUAACAUUGUCAGCCGAAGUGUUGACAAAAUAUUUUCGACAAUCUGCAGUUGCGUGUUUGACGUAAGAGACCGGAAACUGCACGAGUGGAUAGUAGCAUACAGACUAAGCGGGCCCCUAGUGUUCGACAGGCAAUUCAUUGCUAGGAUUUACCAUUCAUCUAGACACGCUAUCAUAGGAAGCAGCUUUCCUGACAAAGUUCAAUAUCCAGACUUUUCUGAUGAAGAAAAGCGAAAGGAGACCUUCAGUUCAACAAUUUUUCACAAUAAGGCGACGUUGAUGGCCGAGGCGGGUUUCUUCUUUGAUGGUCUAACUGACCGUGCGCGAUGUUACCACUGUGGCGGAGCUCGGAUUGGCUGGAAAAAAUCAGAUGACCCAUGGGUCAUGCACGCGGAAGGAUUCCCAAAAUGCCCUUUGGUCAAGGAAAACAUGUCCGAAGAUGUUAUUGAGAAGAUUGUCAAAUCAGAGUUUGAAAAAACUCUUGCAGGCAAUCUUGACUACGAGUCCGUAGACAAAAGAAAGUCAACACUUGACGAUAUGUUGAUUAUGUCUGCGUGUAAGAAAAACAAUGUCUGUAUUGAAAAGUAUAGGCGUGAUGUUGCCGAGGCCGGAUUUUAUUACGUCGGUCCUGAGGACAGGGUGCGUUGUUUUUCCUGUGGAAUAAUGAUAUCCGGAAUACGUUCCCGUACUUUUCAAGAACUCCUAGUUGAGCAUGCGUGUGUGUCACCGUCCUGUGCGCAUGUGAGGAGUAAGCUUCCCCCAGAUAAACUCCAGUUUGUCUUUGAUACGAGGGCAGUCUCCAGCGAGUUCUUGUCUGUUAUAUUCUUCGUUAAGACUUAUGACAGAAUCCAAUCAAAUUGGCCGUCCAAUAUGUUGUGCUCAUGAUUUAAUUUUUUAUUGUACCUUAGUUGAACUUUGAGCUGGUCUCAUUAAAUUUGUAAAGGUCCUUUCUUUAGCUCCCACGGCACGAGAGCUGGUCUCAUUAAAUGUGUAAAGGUCCUUUCUUUAGCUCCCAUGGCACGAAGUGCCAGUGAGCUUAUAUAUGGUAUGGUACAUGAGUGGGCGUCCGUCGUCGUCAACAUUUCCGUUGACUUUUAACUUCCUCUAGAAAACUAAUAAGCAACAGAGAAGUGAUGUUUAACCAGGAAGUUGAUGGAGAAGAGUACAUUCAAUUUCCUCAUAUAAAUCACCUAGGUCUAUUUUCAAAGUCACAUGUGUCCAAUAUAUUCAAAACUUAAAGAAUAUUCUUCGUAAGUUCCAGAAGACCCAGAGGCCUGAUAUUUUCACAGCAUGUACCAAGGACAGAAUGGUAUCAAGCUUCUUCAUAUAAAUGACAUUUACCCUGUAGAUAUUUUGCCAGUAAGUACCUAUAGGACAGAGUGAUAUAAUGUUUUCCUCAUAUAAAUAAACAUGACCUAUUUUCAAGAUCACAGGGGCCAAAUCUUAAAAAACUGAUUUGCGAAUCUUAUUUUCAAGUUCUAAAAGACCCAGGGUACUC